AUGUCUGAUAUUCACAUCUACGACGUGCCCUCCAGGACGUGGACGCGGGUUCCAACCAAGGAUGCUCCCCAAGGUCGAUAUGCUCACUGUGCGGCGAUUUUGCCCUCGAAUACCGAAUCGAAAAGCAAGGGUACACCCAUGCUGAUUUAUUCGAACUACAACUUUCUGGACGUGAAGCUAGAACUGCAGGUGCGGUUACCAGACGGCCGAUUGAUUGAGAAGCCUAUGCACGGACAGGUCUCUCCGCCGGGGUUGAGGUUUCCCAACGGCGGCAUCAUCAAUGGACACUUUGUCGUGAGCGGCACGUAUCUCACCUCCUCGAAGCAGGAGUAUUCCUUGUGGGCUCUUGACCUGAAGACGCUCACUUGGGGCCGUAUUGAUGCCGGAGGAUCCGUUUUUGGCAAUGGCAGCUGGAACCGCGGCAUAUUGUGGGAGCGGAGGAACACGUUUGUGAUUCUGGGUCAUCGCAAGCGAAGCCUGGUGGAAGACUACAACCACCGCCGGAUCAACUUCUCCCACCUCUGCAUGGUCGAGCUUGAGGCGUUCGGGCUGUACAACAACCCCUGUCGGACCUCGCCGACCUCCGGAUACGUCUCGUUCAGCGCGCCAUCUGUCCCAGCCUCGCUUCAACCGAAACUCGCUCAACUGACAUCCGGAGGCCGGCCCUUCUCGUCUGCGUCGGAUAAACUGGGCAAAGUGGCGUUCUCGACGAGCGAAAUGGCAGACAUGGAACUGCAGGCCCUGGGCGGGGAGCGCAUCCCCGUUAAUUCCCGGAUCCUGUCUCGCAGAUGGGGUCCUUACUUUAUUCAACUCCUUCGGGAGUCUUCUGACGCUGGGAUUUCGGAUUCUGCAACGCUUCGCCCUGCAGCGACGACGGGUCCCAGUCGCAACUCGAGUAUCACCAUUACACCGGGCCAGAACAGCCAACACCCUUCAAAUGCGAGGUUACUAGCGAAUUUGGAGAUUCCGUCUGCGCAUUCAAUCUCGCCUAUGUCCAGACCUCGCGUGCUCUACCUCCCCCAUACCUACCAGACCAUUCGGCUUCUGGUCUACUACCUAUACACGUCUUCGCUACCUCCGACGGACUCUCCACUGUGCACGCCACAGACUUUGUGUUCUAUUCUCCAGCUUGCCCGGCCGUAUCAAGUGGAUGGCCUGCUCGAGGCUACCGUUGAACGGCUCCAUCAGGUGCUGGACGGACGGAACGCCGCAGCCGUUUUCAAUGCCGCUGCCAUGGCGGCCGGGGGUGGCCGGGGAACCGGCUUCACCAGUGGACCCGGGGGUACUCUGGAGGUGUUGAAUGGGGUGCAGGCAGCCAGCGAGUCGGGCACCGGCGUGUCAGCAUCUCAGCAGAGCACGCUUGCGUCGGAUUCAUCCGAUACGGAACCGGGCACGGCGGGACUGCAGACGAGGUUUGACUCGAUGAGUUCGAGCCAGUCGAUGCCGCUGCGCAUCAACACCAACGUUUCGGGCCACAGACAGCGCAACGGCGACCAUGACGAUUUGGUCAGCAACGCCAGCACGGCGACGUCGGCGUCGACCAACACGAGUUUCAGCCAGACCGAUUCCGAGGCACCGGACGGGGUCCGGCGGAGACCACGGCGGGGGACGGACGCGGACAGGCGGGAGCAGCAGAUCUGGACGGGCGACAUGAGCAGUGUGAUUGGGCUUCAGAAACGCGGACUGCGGGGACUGAUGGAGGGAAGACGGCUGAGGGAGCGGAGUGUGAAACCUCCGGGGGCGACUGUUGGAUUAGGAGUUGGCGAGGUUCACUCUGGUUGA